CUGGUACUAGGGACCGCGGCAGGCCGAGGGGGAGGUUCGGGUGGGGAGAAGGGACAGGUCCAGGCAGAGCUCGGGGGCUGGCACCAGUUCGCGCACUCAUUCAAGCGGCAGUACGCACUUGUCCCAGUUCUAGCUGACCGCAAUAGCUGCGUCUUCUGCACUCCAGGACCCUGAGCUCAUCUGCAAACGUCCUGGCGUCCGUCCUCACCAUGCCUAGCCUUUGGGAUCGCUUCUCGUCGUCCUCUUCGUCCUCGUCCUUGUCCCGAACUCCCACCCCAGAUCAGCCGCCACGCUCAGCCUGGGGGUCGGCGGCCCGAGAAGAGGUACUCGGCCGCUGCGCGAGCCUGGAGAGCUCGGACUGCGAGUCCCUGGACAGCAGCAACAGUGGCUUUGGGCCGGAGGAAGACUCUUCAUACCUGGAUGGGGUGUCCCUGCCCGACUUCGAGCUGCUUAGCGAUCCCGAGGAUGAGCACCUGUGUGCCAACCUGAUGCAGCUGUUGCAGGAGAGCCUGGCCCAGGCACGGCUGGGCUCGCGGCGCCCUGAGCGCCUGCUGAUGCCCGGCCAGCUGGUGAGCCAGGUGGGCAAAGAACUACUGCGCCUGGCCUACAGCGAGCCGUGCGGCCUGCGGGGGGCGCUGCUAGACAUCUGCGUAGAGCAGGGCAAGAGCUGCCACAGCGUGGGUCAACUGGCUCUCGACCCCAGCCUUGUGCCCACCUUCCAGCUGACCCUUGUGCUGCGCCUGGACUCACGCCUCUGGCCCAAGAUCCAGGGGUUGUUUAGCUCCGCCAACUCUCCCUUCGUCCCUGGCUUCAGCCAGUCCCUGACGCUGAGCACGGGCUUCCGAGUAAUCAAGAAGAAGCUGUACAGCUCAGAGCAGCUGCUCAUUGAGGAGUGUUGAACUUGGGCCUGGGGGGACGAUACUGACCCCAUGACAGAGACAGUUGAACUUUUGGGGUGCACAUUGGCAGGCAGAAGCUGAGGGACUGCUGCCUGUCCUUAGAAAACUGACAACAGCCACCUGCGGGGAGGAAGGUCAAGGUGAGGGGAACACGGUGUUUCCCUAGGAAGCUGAGGUGUGGACAGGUGGCUCCCACUUGGGCUCACACGCCGCCCCUCAGUACUGUAGCAUGAAACAAAGGCUUAGGGGCCAACCAGGCUUCUGGCUGGAUGUGUAUGUAGCAUGUACCUUAUUAUUUUUAUUGUUACUGACAGUUAAGACAACAGUGGUGUGACAGAGCCAUGAGAGCAGCUGGGCUGCACUGGGAUGUGUGCUCACGGUAGCCGGCUCUGGUGGGGGGGGGGUCAUCGAGGUGGUUUGUGUAUCUCAUGGUCUGAAGGGACCAAAUGUUUGUUCUUUGUUGGUUUUGUAUCUUUUUUUUUUUUUUUUGAUUGGAGCUUCACUACUGACCUGUUCUAGGCAGCUAUCUUACAGACGCAUGAAUGUAAGAGGAGGAAGGGGUGGGUGUUGGGAUCACUUGGGGAUCUUUGACACUUGAAGAAAAAAUACACCUGGGAGCUGCGUGUGGCCCAUCCCCGGAUGUGUAGUGAAGGGUUGAACUGUGAGGGGUUGGGGCUGACUGGGGUGGGGGCUGGAACCCCUCCCCCAGAGGAGUACCAUCUGGGUCUUCCAUCUAGAACUGUUUACAUGAAGAUACUCGCUGUUCAUGAAUACACUUGAUGUUCAAGUAUUAAGACCUAUGCAAUAUUUUUUACUUUUCUAAUAAAAAAAAAUCAUGUUUGUUAAAA